AUGAACACGCCAGAAGAUGAACCAGACCGACCUGAGCAGAGGAUACAGAUCACGAAGAGGUCGGGGAGAAGGGUUAGACCACCCUCCAGGUACGAGCCGGAUCCCGACCAGAUCAUGGAGGACGACUACAGCGACGCUACCUCCGAGGCAGAUUCCGCGAUGGGAGACGAGUGGGGAUACCGAGAAGAGGUGCAGCAUGACGAAGAAGACGUGGUGCAGCGAGAAGAGGAGUACGAGGAGCACGACACCGGACAGAGUGACUUCUCACUUUCGGAUUCACCCGACAGUUCGUACGAGUCAACAAGAUCACGGUCGACCGAUGAAGACGACGACGACGACGACGACGACGACGACGACUUCGAAGAAGACAUCGCAGGAGACUACGAUGACUUUUUGGCACAAACAGACGAGGAGGAAGGAUGGGCUUUCUACCGUGGACGUUCUAACGUGGAAAGACCGGGCGGGCAAAACCAAAAGUUUGCCGACCUCGAGGUGCUCGAGUCGUUUGACAUAUACAAAGACCUUCUCGAGCUACACAGCGCCAGGGAGUGUGAUGAAGAGGCCUUCUGUGACGCAUGCCGGCACAUCCAGAGCGUGAUAUACCUGUACAACCGCUUCCUUGUCGACAAGACGAGGACCGUGUCCAUCAUGAAGUCACACAAGAUAACCAACUACUCCAUCAUGGCCACCAAGAGCAUGAACGCCCUCCUGAUUUCAUGCAGAGCCAAGAACUACCCACAGAGUUCCGACGUGGAAAAAUCCAUGAUGCACAUUCACCUCACUUUCGAAGACAUCAUCAACGGGGCUUUCAACUCCAUGCUGUCCGAAUUUUUCUGUGACCUCGCCGACACGUUCGACGAGUAUACUGUUAUUACAGACGCGAAGACCAUGCUGGAGGGACUCAUGGCCGCCGAUGAAUGCACGGAGAUACCCAUGGGAACUUUCGUCGAGGUGUUUAAGCCCCACGCAGAUCUCAUCAUGACAAAAGACCCCAAGCUCUUCGACGUGUGUGAAAUUCUAUUGAUCACCGGGGGAGAAUUCGACAUGGCGAAGGAGUGGACGGCGCUGGAAGACGACAACCGGGAGGCCAUCUGGAACUACAUCCAGCAACUUUUCCCUGCUGGAACGACGAUCCUAUCCAUGUCCGGCAAAGUUCUGAGCUCGAUACAAUCCUUGGCACAGGGGUGUAUGAAAAAAGUGGAGAACGGGGAGCUCACGGAGAGCCAGGCGCAGGACCCCAUGGCGGAAACAAUCGAGACUCUUAAGUGCAACAACUCGGAUUCCUUCGACAUGGCCUGGAUGUUCCAGGGCGUGUUCUACAACGACUGUAGGCACUCGUCGCGAUCCGACUACUUCAAGUGUCUGUUUCUGAACGACAUGAGGAAGGGAACGGAGAAGUUCGAAGGGGUCAAGGCCAACAAGGUCUCCGACCCGAUUUCCAAGAGACACAUCUUCGACAUGAUGAGGGUAUUCUGUUACACGGGGAUCGUUCAGGUGGACAAGGGCGAACCGAUCCUGAAGACCAUGGAAAGGUACUCUGCAUUCCACUACUACAGCCUGCGGGGAGGAAUGGACGUGAUUCGGCAACUCGUGAUGGACGUCAUCAACCCGUCAAAUGCCAUCCAAGCCCUGGAGUACGCCAUGAAUUCUGUCGUGUGCUCUGGCGAAGACGGUAGCGACAGGGGGCUUCUGUCGGACAUCAGCGACUACAUCGCAAUAUAUGCGUUGGUGGUCUUCAAGCACAAAAGCUUCUACGCCCUAGGAUUUGAGAGCAUCCCUGGCAUCUCACAAAUAUGCGCGCGAGACGAUCUCAACAUCCGAGAAAUCGACCUGCUUCAGUGCGUGUUCAAGCUGUGCGAAAAGAGAAUCCACGCAGACAAGGAUGGUCAUGGCCUGCGUUCGGCAUGGGAGCUGAUAUUACACAUAACUUCUCGGAACCCGGGACAUCUCUCUGGAGCCAGCUGCGCCUCUCCAGCAUAA